AUGAACAACGUCACGUCUUCGUCUCAAAUUCUUGAAAUUGGAAGAGAAGUGAUUGUUCCGAUUCAAUGUUCUUGUUUAGGUGAAUUCUUUCAAGCAAAUGUUAGUUACAUUGCACCUACAAACACUAAAUUCAAGGACAUUGCUUGUGGCGUUUUUGAAGGUCUAGUUAAAUCUGUCACACUUUUUCAAGAAAAUAUUUUCAAGAAAACCAACAUGUCUGAUGUCAAUUAUUAUGACAUCAAAGGUGGAACAGAGUUGAUUGUACCUCUAAAAUGUGCGUGUCCUGAAGAACUUUUUGGUACUGGAUUAAAGUACCUUGUCACGUACCCUUUUAUAUCAGGUGACGAUACAGAAAAAGUAAGUGAAAAAUUCAAAAUUUCUGUUGAAGAUAUAUGGAAAGCGAAUAAUUUAAGUUUUAAUCCUACUGUAUACGCAAACACAACAAUUUUGGUUCCGUUGAGUAAAGAACCAUCAAUCAACUUCAGUAUUCAUGAUUCCGAACCUCCUAGUCCUGGAUUUCUUCCAACACAACUCGUAGAAAAAUCAAUGAAAAAUCAGAAGCUAAUGAAACUCUACAUUUCAGGAUCAAUUGUUGGUUUUUUCCUUCUUGCAGCAACUUUAAUUGCUUGUGGUUUAUACUUAAGGGCGUUAAGGAAGUUCAAGACAGAGAGGAUUAAUCGUUCUUCUUCGAUACAUAAGGGUUCUGUUACUUCAGGUUCACCACCAAUAUCUGGUCCAACGACUACUAGAACCUCAACGAAUUCUUGCUUGUCUCCUGAUUUACUUGCAGGAAUAAAGUACACAUUGGGAGAAUACAACAUAGAUGAAUUGACAAACGCGACAAGUAAUUUUAGUGAAGAAACUAAGGUAAGUAACAACGUAUACAGGGGAUGUGUCGAUAAAGUUGAAGUAUUGAUCAAGAAAAUACGAUUCGAGGAUGUUAGACAAGUAAUUGAUGUACAUUCAAGAAUCAAUCAUGUUAACAUUGUGAAACUACAAGGUGUUUGUUAUGGUGAAGAUGAUAUUAAAGGAUCUUAUCUUGUUUUUGAAUAUCCAUCUAAUGGUACAUUAAGGGAUUGUUUGUCAAAUUCCUUUGUUGUUUCUUUGAAAUGGCACAAAAGGACUCAAAUUGCAUUUGACAUUGCCAUAGGGUUACAUUACUUGCAUUUUUGUACUAUUCCACCUUACACACACAUGAACAUCAAUAGCAAAAACAUCUUUUUGACCUCGAAUUGGAGGGCAAAGUUAGCUAUUUUUGGAGCUAAAGGUGGGAUUGAAACGACGACUAGGGACAUUGGAAGUAUAGGAAGUCUUGGAGGGUGGAUUGCCCCCGAAUAUCUAGUACAUGGAUCGGUGUCUGAAAAAGUGGACAUAUUUGCAUUUGGAGUAGUUCUACUCGAGAUCAUAUCGGGGAAAGAAGAUGUUGAUGGGAAUUUUUUGAGGGAUUCAAUUACAUUUUUGGGAGGGGGUGCUAAUGAAGGAGGAUGUUUUGAACAAUUGAAGAAUUUUAUUGAUCCAUGUCUUAUGGAAGAUUACCCUCUAGCUGAGGCAUUGUGUUUAGCUGUUUUGGCUAAAGCUUGUAUUGAAGAUGAUCCUCUUCAUAGGCCAUCUAUGGAUGAUAUCAUUAAAGUCCUUGCAAGAAUGGUAUGA